CCAUUACAAUCCCCGAUUAGCCCAUUCUUUUUACCCUCAUCACCAAAAAGAGUUUCAUCACAAGUCUUCAAUUACCUCAAAACCUUUUCCCCUUCAUCCAUUCUACACUUUCAAACCUUCAACUACGCAAACAUGAAGUUUCUCGCCACCACCAUUCUCGUCGCCGCUACGACUGCCGUCGCUCAAUAUGAUCCUUGCCGCUCGCCUCUUUUCGCAGUUCCUCUCUGCUGCAAGACCGAUGUUCUUGGACUCCUCGGUUUGAACUGUGAAGCACCAAGCAUAGCUCCUGCCAGCGCCGGUGGCUUUCAGGCCGUUUGCGCUGCAGCCAAUGCUCGGGAUGCUAAGUGCUGCCUUGCUCAUCUGCUCGACCAGGCAGUUGUCUGCAUCCCCCCCAGUCCCUAG